CCCGUCUCCGUCUCGAGCUUCAACGACCCCGGUCCAAGGAGGGAAUGCGCAACCGGGCAUCCCUCUGCAACAUUGCUCUUCGUGUGCUUCCUUUUCUCGUCAUAUAUCUGCCAGCGACCGAGUGCCCGUGAAUCCGCAGUCCAUAAUUCUCUCAUGUGCAUCUCACUCCGCCCAGCAAUGAUUCCUCGGUAGCAGCGCCGUUAUCGAUCUCACGUUGAUAGCAGCGCCGGUCUCCCUGUUGCCGUUCUCAGGGGCCGUGUCGUCAACCCCGUGUCCUGUCGCAUCCUCUUGCUCCCCACGGCCACCAUGUACUCGAAUCCAGCUGCUCGCAAGUCCAUCGACAGCCUUGCUUCGCCCACCUCGCCUCUAACCCAUCGUUCGGACUUCCCCUUUCACAGUGGGAGGCAUGGCUCCGUCAGCACCAGGCGAGGCUCGACCGCGAGCUCCUUGCACUCGGUCGGCGGUGCCCUGGACCAGGGCAGCUGGACCAGCAGCAAUACCAUGCUGGAAGCAGGGCAGAAUGCCAUAUCCACGCUCUUGCAACCGCCUAUCGUCCGAACCGGCCUCGUUCCUCACACGUCCGCUCCAGCCUCCAGUGCCCACAGGCCACCGACAAUCAGGGACAUACCUCCGGUCACCCUCACCAAUAUCCAGAAAGUGAACCCUGCCGAAUUCCAGCCUUACCUUAAACAGGUCGGCGCCCUGUAUACGCAACUGAAACAGGUCAAGGCGAGCGAGGAGGAGGACACGUUGCACCGGAACAGCCGCGCGAAACCAGACGAGCUCUUGGAGCCCUUUGAGGACAACCGACUGCGUCCCGGCAGGCGGCCGCAAGGGUCUCGAAAAGCGUCUGUGUCGUCGAUAUCGUCCUGGACCAACACGGAAGCGCCAAGCCCAGUGCGAAGGUCCAGCUCGAGUUAUGCUAGGAAAUCCGCCCAAGGGCCGCCGCCUCUCUCUACAAUCCCGCUGGUCUACUUCGAGGAAGACUUCCAUCUGGAGAAUCCCAGGACGUUCGAUGUCGUGAGCGAGAGGUCAGAGGUGGUGCGCAAGGAAGAUAAGAACUCCAAUGGAGAUGCGCCCGCGCCUCGCAAGACCUUGUCAACGAACGCAAUCCUACAAGAGAAGCUGUCAUGGUAUAUGGACACCAUUGAGAUGCACCUCAUCUCCUCUAUAUCUACGGCUUCGACAACCUUUUUCAGUGCUCUGGGCUCGUUGAGGGAGCUCCAUACAGAGGCAGCGGAAUCCGUCGACAAGAUCAAAACGUUAAGGCGAGAACUCGAAGCUCUGGAUGAGGAAAUAGUAAUGACCGGGCUCAACACCAUACAGCAGCAACGACGGCGUGAGAACGUCCAGCAGCUCCACCACGCUGUUCUGCAGCUCAAAGAGAUAUUGAGCCAGCUGGUGAAAUGCGAAUCCCUCGUUGACGAGGGGAACGUCGACGCUGCACUUGAUAGCAUUGAUUCUCUCGAGAGGCUCAUAGCCGGCGAAGAGGACGAGUUCAGGCCCCCGGCUCCGUCGCUGCGGGAUGUUCAGCUUAUCGACCUUCGAAGUGCGAAUGCGCUUCAGGGUGUCAGUGAUGACGUGUAUACCUUGCGAUCACGGAUUGGCAAGGCGUACGAAACCAAAUUCGUGACAAGCCUCAUGGCCGACCUUCGGCGCCAUGUUGGGGAAGUAUCAAAUCAAGAAGUUCUGACGCGCUGGCAUACCGCGGCCAUGCGAGCUAGAGGCGGCCGGACUCGCGAGGCAUCGGCCUUCCCCUCAUACUUGAGCUCUACCGAUGAUGUGAGGACGAAACUUAUUGAGAGUCUGGCAGGCCUCUACAGAGCAAAACAGAUCGGCGUCGCCGUCACAGCAUACAGGGAAUCUGUGAUUAAGGAGAUCAAAAGUCUUGUGAAGCAAGGCCUGCCCAGCUCGAAUGACGACGACAAUGUAUCCAUGAUGUCUGCUUCGACUGCCACUGGUGGGCGUCAUCUUUCCCAAAGGGAGAAGUCGUCCAUCCUCGCACGAAACCUGCGUGCUCUGGAUCCUGGCGAUGCGGAGGAUCUGUUGGUGAAAAUAUACGUCAGUGUAACUGAAACCCUACGGAGGGCGUCGAUACAGGUCAAAGUGAUGCUAGAUGUUGCAGCAUCCAUUGAAGAUGGUUCGAUCCCAUCUGGUCUCAAGUCGCCACCCCUCAAAUCACCACCCUUGAGCCCCGCGGCAAGACGGCAGUCCCUCGCUGGCCUCGAGGCUCAAGAGGAGAUCCACAAGGUCAUGGAUCUAUCGUCGCUACUCGGAAACUGCAUCGACAUAGCUCAAGACAAAGUCGUGAGAGUGCUCAGGGUACGGUCGGAGCAGAGCACCCAUCUAGAACUGGUCUGGUUCCUCCGCUACUUCACCCUGAACCUCCACUUCGCCAACGAGUGCGAGUCAAUAUCUGGGCGGGGAGGUACACAAUUAAAAGACGAGGUCAAUGACCACAUCAAAAGAUUUGUCGCGAGCAAUGGAGAUCGCGAGCAGCAAAAGCUUGCCCAAGGCAUGGAAUCUGACCAGUGGGGCGCGAUCGACUUUACCGAGAAGCACACUGCUCAGCUGAACCUGAUCCUGGAGUGCAGUACAAGCGAUCCACCCGACUGGACCCUGGGAACACAAGUCUGGAUACCAUAUCCUGAUGGGGACGAGGAGUUGAACGGCGUCGAGAACCCACCUCCGAGCAACGGGUCAGGAAAGGCAAAGGCCGUCAUCGAUUCCGAAUCGUUUGUGCUACCGAAUUCCGCCGUAUACUGCUUGGAGGGAAUGUCGAACUUCCUCCACCUGAUUGUCGGCAUUCCGUCCAUCACAUCAGACGUCGCAAAGUCCCUCGUGAAAUAUCUACAAUUUUUCGACUCCCGCUGUAAGCAGCUAAUCCUCGGUGCCGGCGCCACAAAAUCCGCCGGCCUGAAAAACAUUACUACUCGGCAUCUCGCCUCGUCCUCGCAAGCCUUGUCGUUCAUAGCCACGUUGAUACCCUAUGUCCGCGAGUUCAUCCGUCGGCAUGGCGGCUCAGGUGGAGCUGCGUUAAUGACAGAUUUUGACAAGGUCAAACGGGAUUACCAGGAACAUAUGCAAACUAUUUUCGAUAAGCUCGUGGAAAUAAUGAGUGGGAGAGCUGGUGCACACGCCAAGACGGCGAAGGCGAUCGUAUGGGACCAGGACCAGAAGAGCCCACACGGUUACAUCGAGACACUGGUCAAGGAGACGUCACUGCUGCACCGCAACCUCGUCAAGCACUUGUCCGAAGACACGGUGCGCAUGAUCAUGAUCCCAGUCUUCGCCAGCUUCAAGGAACAAUUCGGAUCCGCAUUCCAAGAGGCGGAUCCAAAGACCGAGGCUGGCCGGGAUAGUAUGCUGCACGAUGUGCAACUCUUCAAAGCGAAGCUGGAACACAUAGACGGCUUCGGAGACACAGGUGACUACUUGAUGGGAAUCAUCAACUCGAAGAAGGUGAAGAGCACAUCCCCGCCUCCGAGUGAGAACAAGGGGGAGGGAAAGGCCGCUGCGGAGGACACGACAGAAUCGAAAGACAAAAACGGCGGCAGUGAGGAAAAGAAGCCUGCAGAGGCGGGGUCUAGUUGAGCAAGAUAGAAGCUAGCAUGACGGCGUCACCCGCAUCACAUUCGGUGAUAGUGGGAGGUAGCGGUCUCCCCUGGGAGAAAGGUGGUUUGAGUCCGUCCAACAGGGCAGGACAAUAUACUCUCAUCUGGUCCUCUCCAUCGCGGACCCUGAUCACCCAAAUCAUCAUCAAUUAGACGUUCGUGUGUUGAGGCUAUCCACUCGCACUGCCGUUGUUUACUUUGCAACUCGUAAAAU